AUGGACCUGUUCCACGACGGGCACCACGUGCGGCUGCGGAACCUCGUGCAGCGCACCUACCUCCACGCCGCCGACGACGGGGUGGGCGUCACGCUCCGCGAGACCCGCGCGUCCAUGAACGCGGCGUGGGCGGUGCACAUCUACCACGGCGACGAAGGCCCGUACUUGCUCCUCCACAGCGCCGCCUACGGCCGCUACCUCGCCGCCGCGGCCAAGCCGGCACGGCUCGGCCACAUAGGCCUCCGCGCGGAGCUGAGCGAUUACGACCUUCCGGAGGUGGAGGCCAUCAUGUGGCGGGCCGUCGGGUCGGGCUUCGAGGACGACGUCGUCCUGCUCCGCCACGUCGGCGGCCGCUACCUCCGCGCCAAUGGCAAGUACCUCUCCUGGAACUCCUCCGGCGUCAGCGUCGACGACGACGCCAGCCCCAUGAUGUACUGGGUCGUCGAGCCCAUCCCCUUCAGAGAGGCGGGCAUGCCUGCCAUUCCUGGUCCGCUUCCGACUCGCCCAAGAUGCCUCUCCGCCAUAUUCGGUUCUCCCAGACGGCAUAUCCUGUUCGUGCGGGCGCUCGAGGAGGUCGACGGCUGGCGCCUGUUCUUGUUCAAGGGGAGGUCCGUGUUCCGCCUGAGGGACGACCUGGCGUUCCGCGUCGCUGCCGGCGUGGACGACCCGAACAUCGCCAUGUGCGUCCGAGCGGGCCGCUACGGGAGGCUGACCCCGCUCGUCGUGCCCCAUGGCGGCUACGGCGACGGCGAGAUCCUCGAGAUUGUCGUCUUCCUGGCCGGGACCCCUGGCUACGAUGCGCUGCGAUACCCGGAUGUCGAUGCAUAG